AUGGUGCGGCCCGUAACUGAAUCAAGCUUAUGGAGCAAAAGGGAAAACCAAAUUGCUGUUUCCAUUAUGAAGAAGAGUGCAGUGCAGACGCGAUCGUCGUAUAAUUUGGAUGUGAGCAAAGUAACACAAUUAGUUGAUUGCCGGGCGCUUUCAUGGAUUUGGGAGGAGAAGGUUAAGAGAAGCCGGAAUAAUUCCCUCUGUUCCAGUUGGUGCAUCAGUUCUAAUGAUUACAUCAGUCGAAUUCCUGAUGAUGUUCUCGUUAGCAUUCUGUCUCGACUGACAUUUAGAGAAGCAGCCAGGACCAGUGUCGUCUCUAGAAGAUGGAGAUGCUUGUGGACUUUUUAUCCUGGUCUACUGGACUUUGAUGCUUCAAGAACUGUGUUGGAAAUAAAGCAUAAGUCUACCGAGGAGAGAGAGUCGAUUCUUCCAAUUGAACAGUGUAAAUUUGUGAAUUCAGUGAACCAAGCCUUGAAACAAUAUCAGGGUUUGAGUGUUGAUGAACUCAAGAUUUGUUUCGAUGUGGAUCAGUAUAAACGUGAAAUCGAUAGUUGGAUCCAUUUUGCGAAGGAAAAACAUGUUAAAAGGUUUCGGUUAGAUUUGAGUUGUACAAAAGGACCUUUUGGAGCCUACAGUUUUCCCUUGCAGUCACGCAGCUCUUCCAGCUUUAAUUCUCUGAUUGCUCUGCAUUUGAUAUCUGUGGAGGUGACUGGCAAAGUUAUUGAGCACCUUUUAUCUAAUUCUCCACUUCUUGAAGUGUUACACGUGGAACGUUCAUCAUGCCUGGGCAAUCUGAAAGUUUCUAGUUCAUCUCUGAAGUUAACAUACCUGACUUUAGCUUAUAACCGUGUGGAAAGUGUUGAGAUAUCUGCCAAAAAUCUAGUGUCUUUUAAGUAUCAUGGGAAAAAGACGACCAUUUCUCUUAAGGAUGUUCCUCGACUUAUCGAGGUAUCAGUUGGGGGACCUUAUUGUGAUCAUCUAUUAAAAGAUAAGUUAUUGGAUUUUUCAAGUUAUCUUUCUCAACUGGAGAAGCUUUCAUUGUGCCGAGGGUUUAAGACUUUUGAUGAUUACCUUAACUUUUUGGAAUUUCAGAUAAAUGGGGGCAUUCUGAUGCAGAAUUUUUCUGGGCUAAAUAGUCUCAAGAAAAUGCAGUUGACAUUGGAUGCCUUUGAUGAGGAGGGCCUCCUCUAUUGCCAGUCUUUGAUAGAAGCUUCUCCUUCGUUACAUAGAUUAUCACUGCAGUUGCGACCAAGACCUAAAGCAAUGUUUGGGGAGAUUACAUGGAGGUCUAUUGGUGGCCGAAAACAUCAGUGCCUGAAGGUGGUAAAGAUUGUUGGGUUUAUGGGUCUUCCUUGUAAUCUCGAACUUGCGCUGGACUUGGUCAAGUAUGCUGUGUCUCUUCAAAAAUUGAUAAUUGAUCCACGCAAAUUAUUUUGGUUGGGAGAAGAGUUGAGCCCGAUUGAAGAUGUGAAGGAACUGGAGGCUGCCAGGAGUCAUGCCCGAAAGUUACAAUCAGAAUUACCUUCACAAGUUGAGUUGGAGAUACUUUAA